UUAACUUAUGUUUCCAUUGCGUGGUACCAACAUGUGCAUGUCUAGUUUCAGUGCAAUUGUGCGGCAAGUAAUGAUUGGUUUAGUGUAAAGUAUAUCUUUUUGUAAUCAACGUUGUGAGUUAUAUAUUCCUAAUGAUGGGAUCAUUACCGGUUUUUAUGAACAGAAUUAUUCGCAUUUCUACCACGAAUUCGGUCACUAACGUAGGAAAGUGUGUACCGCUGUGCAUUCGCACCAAUGUUGGGGUUAUCAAUCGGUCUCUCAUAAUCAGAGAACUGACAGAGCGUGACACAAUUCCUAACGAUGAUGACAUUGAAUUUGAUUAUUUGCAUACUGGAAGUAGGGAAAUUAACAGGAAAGCAACAGUUUCCAUGCUACGGGGCUUACUUAGUUGUUCUGAUAAACAGAUUGAGUCAAUGGUACAAAAGUGCCCAGAACUUAAAUUCGUUAGCGCUAAAAACGCACAGUCUAAUAUUAAGUUGUUUACGGAAAGGGGUGUUUCAGAAGAAAUUCUGCAUCAGAAUCCUUGGCUUUUGAAGUACAAAACAGAUGCACUUUCAUACAAGCUGGAUAUUCUUAAAAAAAUGAAUUUGGAUGAUGUUGCUGCAGUACUGCCUCUCCUUCAGUUUUCCAUAACUAAACUCAGAGACUUUGCAGCUUUGGCAGAAAAAGAAUCCCAUGAAUUUCCUUAUGGUAACCGCAUAAAAUACACUUCUGAAAAGCUUCAGUGUACCUUGGAAGAUGUGUGUAAGGAGUUUGAGAAACAUAAAUUUUUAUUUUAUAUCCCAUUAGACCGUUUUACAACCAUAUUGGAUAUGCUACUUGGAGCUGGAAUUUCUCCUCAGUACAUCUUGAGCGAUAUGUGGGCGUUACGUUACAAUGUCAGCAACAUAAAAAGACGGUUAGACAUGGCUAAGGAAGCGCAAAUCAGAACUCUCAAACCAUGGAUGUUACGUUGCUCAUUAAAAGUAUUUUAUAAUAAACUGCAGAAAGAGGUGGCAAGAGAAAAGCUUCUCGGUGAAAGUUCAGUGUCGGAGUACCUCGCCCAGCAACUACAAUGUGAUGCUGAAACUAUAGAAUAUUUGGGUUCAAAACACCCACCAAUAUUGAGAAUUCACGUGUCCAAACUGAAGGAGAUUUUGGAUUUUCUGUACAGAGAAGGAUAUACCUCUCAACAUAUAUGCCAAGUUCCUCGAAUACUGUGCCAUAGUCUCGAGACGACAAAAUCACGCCUUGCACAACUGAGGGAGUUAGGUUUCAAUCCAACGUCUCUCAUAGUGCUGUGCAAAAGCAAGCGUGAAUAUGCUCAAUUUUUGGAACAGGUGAUAAGAAAGAAAAACAGAUGAUUGGGGUUAAUUUAUUUACAGUUCUAUACAUGUGACGAUGUUCAUGUUGUUGCAAAUCGUUUCUUGGACUGUACAAAUGUAGAGGAAGAAUUAAGAUGAAUGAAGAGCACGGCCGCUGCUAAUCGAGCUUGUGUUUCCUGUUGGUUCAAGUCGUGAGCCCAUUCAACUCGACCCCAAUAACCACUCUGAGAAAAUAGCACGCCAAAUUAGUCAGUAAUGCCAUGGAGGAGAGUCCACGAUGAGAUUCUAAUGAUUGUUCAGCUAUUCAAGAAAUCCCUAUACAUCUUCACACCCUCAUUCUUUAAGAUUCAUUUUAAUAUUAUCCUUCCACCUGUGCAUACAUCUACAUAUGCACUUCUCAUCUUCCCAAUGUCUCCUGUAAUUUCCUCUCUCUUAGGCCAAAAUAUUUUCCUCAGACACUCAAUUCCUUAAGGGGAGAGUACAUUUCAAAGCAAGCAGUAUAACAUUCUUAAUCUAAAACAUUUUUAAAAAAUAUGUACCUUUUAGGAAGCCUGAAAAUUAUUUUUGCAGUAAACCAUUAUUACAUGCUGAA